AUGGCAGAGGACAAGCUAAGAAAACGAUUUAAAGCUCUCUUCAGAAAGGAUAAUCCGGAUAAACAUAUUCUCGCUAUCAAGGAUGAAGGAUCUGACUCACCCUCCUCGUCUGUGCAUUCAGUCGCUCCGCCAACUUGUGCUGCAACGAGUGAUCCGAGCACUCAACCGACAGUCGAACAGUUGACAUGGGAUGCGGAGCAUGUGGAAAUAUCUCUCUGGGACAAGGCGUACGAUUCUUUGAGAGAUGAAAAGCCAGAGCUGAUUUCCUUAUACGAAGACUUGCUGUCCCGAGUACUUGCCAACGCCAAAGAAGCAAAAUCAAAAUCUCAACCCAGUCAAGUAAAUGAUGCGUCUGAUAUAUCCAACGAGAUCCCACAACAUGACGCGAUUGCGCGACAAGAAAAGCUCAGCCAAGUAACGAAGCUCGGUCUCCAACACGUGGAAGAUCGCACAGUCAAGAUUACCAUCCUUGGCCAUAAGAUCAUUCUACGAGAAGCCGCUUCCAAUGUCGCCGUCGCUGUCAAAUGGGCACAAGAAUUUGUGAAAGAUGCCAUCAAAGACGUUCCCUACGCGCCCGCGGUUAUGGCAGGCAUUACGUUGAUACUUCCACUUCUCAAGAACCCAGCCACAGUUGAGGCUGCAAAUAAUGAGGGUUUUACAUAUGUGACAUCACAAAUGCGAUAUUAUAUUGCCAUGGAGGGACUUCUUUUGCCCGACAUAACAGCCGACGUGAAAGCCGAUCUCACGGAAAGAGUCAUUGAUUUGUACAAAAGCAUCAUUGAUUUUCAACUGCAGAGUGUGAUCAGAUUCUAUCGUGGUCGGACCAAAAACUAUUUCAGAAGUCUCUUCAAGUACGAUGACUGGACUUCGAUGCUCAAAAACAUCCGAAAUAGCGAAACUGAGCUUCGUGACAAGCUGGAGCAGGUGGCAUCGAGGGCCAGUAUCCAGCUACUCGACAAGCUCUCUCGCGAAGCGCAUGAGUCAAGACAGGAGUUGGCCAAUAUACUUAGUGAGAUCCAAGAGCUGGUCAAGAUUUCUCGCGGUGUCGCCAAACAAUGGUCAGAAGCUGAGAAUCGACGAUGUCGCGAGACACUACAAGCGACCGAUCCUAGUCUUGACAAAGCUCGCAUUGAGGAAAGCAAGGGUGGUCUUCUGAAAGACUGCUAUAGUUGGAUUCUUGAGCAUGAAGAUUUUAAGAGAUGGCGUGUUGGAAAUGAUGGACAGAUGCUUUGGAUAAAAGGGGAUCCCGGGAAAGGGAAAACCAUGCUACUUUGUGGAAUAAUCGACGAACUGUCAAAGCCGGGCUCUGAACACAACAUCAUCUCUUACUUCUUCUGUCAGGCAACACACGAUACUAUUAACAACGCCGCGUCUGUGCUUCGGGGUCUCAUCUACAUGCUAGUGAGACAGCAGCCCUCGCUUCUGGAUCAUAUUCGUGAUACCUCUUUCGAAGGCCUGAAUGCGUGGACAGCCCUUUCCAGGGCUUUCAGCAAGAUCCUCGAAGACAUAGAGUCAGACAACACCUUUUUAAUCAUUGAUGCGCUUGAUGAGUGUGUCACAGGCUUAGACAGUCUACUUUCCUUCAUUUCGCAAAAGUCCGCCGAGCAUCCAAAGGUCAAAUGGAUUGUCUCUAGUCGGAAUUGGCCACGUAUAGAUAAAGAUAUCGAGGAGGCUGCGGAUAUCAAGCUUCUUCUAGAACUCAAUGAAAGUUCUGUCUCGGUCGCUGUGGAGAGAUUCACUAAGUAUAAGGUCAAGUGGUUGGCUGAGAGGAACAAAUACAGUACAGAAACGCGUGCCUUUGUUCACAAAUAUCUUCUCUCAAAUUCUAGGGGUACUUUUCUAUGGGUAGCCUUGGUUUGCAAAGAGCUCAGCAGCAUCGACAGGUGGAAUGUUCAGAAGAGAAUUGUGGAAUUUCCACCGGAUCUUGACGAAUUAUACAAACGUAUGUUUUCGCAAGUCUGCCAAUCCGAUAAUGCUCAAAUUUGCAUGGCCAUCCUUGGUGUCAUUUCCAUGGUUUAUCGCCCUCUCGACCUGGAGGAAUUGAUUACUUUGGUCGAGCUUCCUGGGGAGAUCCGAGAUGAUUAUGAAGCAAUUGAGCAAAUUAUCAGACUUUGUGGCUCUUUCUUAACCCUAGGAGCUCAUACAGUCUCGCUGGUUCACCAGUCUGCAAAGGACUUUCUGUCAAGUCGAGCUUCAUCACAGCUAUAUCCAGAUGGCAUGGAGAUUAUCCACCAUGCAAUAUUUCUCCGCUCUCUGCGUACAAUUUCUCAUGUCCUUAAGGAGGACAUAUAUGAUCUUAAGGACCCUGCCUUUGACAUUCUGGAUUUAGAAGCCUACAAUCCCGAUCCAUUAGCACCUGUGAAAUACGCGUGUAUUCAUUGGAUUGACCAUUUACUCGGUUGGAAGCUUGAAAAAAGCGCACUGGGCCAGACCGACCAUAACCUCAUCGAAAUGUUUUUCAAAAAGGAUCUACUUCAUUGGCUCGAGGCUCUGUCUCUCAUUCGGAGCCUUCCUGGCGGGAUAGACUCCAUGGUGCGGCUCCAGGAUCUGAUCAAGGGAGACACUGGCCUUUCUCAACUCAGCAACCGCGUACAGGAUGCGUCUCGAUUCAUGAUCUACCACAGGCAAAUAAUAGAUCAGCACCCACUCCAAAUAUACACAUCUUCAUUGAUAUUCAGUCCAAUGCAGAGCAUUACCAAGAAUCAAUUCAAGCCAUCGAGCUUGAUUAUUGGUAGCCCAGCAAUGGAACAGAAUUGGAGUUCCUGUUUACUCACAAUUGAAAACACAAAGGAUUGCUCUGCCAGUUUAGAGAACAUAGCUUGGUCACCGGAUGGAACACAAAUCGCCUCGCAGGAUGAUAUCAACGUCAAAAUCUGGAAUUCUACAACGGGUCAAUGCACAGCCACUCUUCGUGGUCACGGCGAUCAGAUUGUUUCAUUGGCCUGGUCGCAAGAUGGAAGGCUUGCCUCGGCAUGUCAAGCUGGCGAAGUCAGGAUCUGGAACACAAUCACCAACCAGUGUUCAAAGAUAUUCAAGGGCGAGGAUGGCUAUCUCUUUUCCCUAGUCUGGUCGCCUGAUGGGUCUCAGAUAGCACGAGCAACGAUCCCCACCUCUUGGACUAUCAAUUACCCCAUGCUCAAAACAAUCGACUGGAGACAAGAAGGUACCGUCUGGGACACGAUUACUGGAGAAGAGCUAUCGAAUGCGAAACCGUUUCUCUCAUUGGGUUGGUCUAUGGACAAGUUUCUAACCAUAUCUCCUCUUGGGGUCGAUGGCGUUUCCAUUCAAGAAUUCGCAACCGGGCAGGAAGUAUGCAUUUUGAAGGACACCCUAGAUCAAGAAUACUCUUCUACCCCUUUUGAGAAGGUGUUUUGGGGACAAGAUCAAAUCGCGAUAAACCAUCACACCCACCUCAAUGUUUGGGACAUUAAAACCUGCACACUCGUCUCCACAGUCCGAUAUCUUUUCGGAGAUAUGUCCUCUCCACUCGCAACGGUUUCCUGGUCCCAGCACGGGAUUUGGAUUGCAUCUGGAAGUGAAGCCAAAACAUCAGUAUUCGUCUGGGACGAGAUAUCCGACCAGGAAACCAUGCUUUUUAAACAUAUAGAUCCGACUUACACUCUUUUAUGGUCUCCUGAUUGUACAAGACUGGCAACCUGCUCGCAGGAUGGAACAAUUCGAGUCUGGGACUCUGCAGCUGGUUCAAGUGCUGCUGUUGCUAUUUCCCCAACUCUUGAUCUCCAUCCAGAAUCUGUCGAAAUGUUAAAGUGGUCGCCGAACUUGCAAUAUCUAGCAUCAUCAUCGCCUCUCGCUAAUGAUACCGAGGGAUCUCAUUGGACUAAUUGGACUACCUUUAAGAUCUGGGAUUCUUCAACUAGUCAAUGUCUACUCAACCGCGAGUCGGUGGGAAGGUAUUUCUGGUCAUUCGAUGGCAAUAGAAUUGCCCUGUUGACUAAGCACGGCAUUGAAGUACACAACUUCGAGAAUGCGCAAUACAAGUCUACCUCAACGUCGCCCGAUUCCCACCCCCUCCCAACAAAGUCUUCAGUCCGCAUUGUUACUUGGCUUGGUCACACAAUGGAGACACGCUAG